AUGUCAAUAUCGCCAUCAACCCUCUACUACACCGCUGCAUUGCUGCACGCCGCCACAAUCCCCAAACACACCCUCGUCGGCCUUAACAAAAUCGCCCCAGCCAGCGCGACCAUCACUGGUGACCAACAUGCUGUGACGAAGAAACUCAUCACGCCGACUUGGUUGCAUACGAAUGUCUUCCUGGCCACAUUCGUGCUUCUCAACUUGAAAUGGGCUAAGAGCGGAGGGCCAGCGACGUUUGAGGAAAAGGUCAUUGUGUGGGUGCAGGCGGUGGCGGGUGCGUGGGUUGGGUUGAAGUACUAUCAGGCGAAGAUGUAUGUGGGGUUGGGAGUGCUUUGGGGUGCGGCUGGGGCGACGACGGCGGCGAUGUUGUUGCAGGAGGCUAUGUAG